UCCUUCCUCCUCUUCACUGGUGCUGCUAUUCUCGGGCAGACUUCCCUCCCGAUUCUCGCUCUUCUUCCAUGGCGGCUUCGCUUCGUCCUCGUUUCUUCUGCUCACAAGCUGCCCAAAAUUGGUUAUUUUCUGGCUUACAGGAAGGAGCGUUUUCGCAGUCAAUGUGGGUUGUCUCAUAUCGAUGACCUGUUCAAAGUCGGGGAGCUAAGACAACCUAAACCAAUGUUUUCUACCGUGCAAUAUGCCAACUCAACCAAACAUAGUAAUGGGACGUUGUUAAUGGCAAGGGGAUCUGGAGAAUCUACCCAACAAAUAGUGGCAAAAAUAGGUUGGACUCAAGUGACUCUUCAUGAAAAGAGGAAAAAGUUGGCCCUUAGACAAAGUGUGAUUGAACGAGAACCAUCAGUUUCCAAGGAACCCACAGAAAAUCGCGGUCAUAAAUCUACAAGCGAGAGCUCAAAUGGAAUUCCCGGGUUUACCGGUGUCUCUUCUGCUACAGGGUCCCACCGUUUUGCAACCACCACUGUCGCCGUAGAAGCAAACUUUGAUAAAAUUAAGGAAACAUUUGAUGUCGAUAAUAAAGCCCUUUGCGCUAGUGGCUUAUCAUCGAGAAAAGAUUUAGGUGAUGACCUGUUAUCUAAUGAAAGGAAUAAUGUGGGUCUGAAGUCUGCUGCGGCGAGUAGUCAAUUUCUCAGAAAGUCGAAAAUGACUUUGUCUUCCAAUAGCUUAUCCUCGGUUAAAGAAUCGGAGGAACAACGUUUAUUUCAGGGAACAGAAGGUGUAUAUGAGAUGUCUUCUGAGCUUGAUUUUCUUGAUGGUACACAAAUGGAUGAUCAACAAAAACUUCGGAUGAAGCUCUGCAGCAUCUUCGACAAAGUUCUUGUAGUCGAUAAUGUAACCGUUGCUAGGAAAGUUGUGCAUAAGCUUACACAUGAGUACAAGCAUCACGUACAUGCGUGUGAUACUGAGGUGUCCAAUAUUGACGUGAAGCAGGAGACACCUGUAAAUCAUGGAGAGAUAAUAUGCUUCAGUAUUUAUUCCGGCGAAGAAGUGGAUUAUGGUAAUGGGAAAACUUGUAUAUGGGUAGAUGUGCUAGAUGGUGGUGGCAAUGAUAUUUUGGCUGAAUUUGCUCCAUUCUUUGAAGACUCUUCAAUAAAAAAGGUCUGGCACAAUUACAGCUUUGAUAGCCAUGUUAUAGAAAACUAUGGGAUCAAACCUUCUGGGUUCUAUGCUGAUACAAUGCACAUGGCACGAUUAUGGGAUUCUUCGAGACGGACAGUUGGUGGCUAUUCCCUUGAAGCACUAACAAGUAAUCCAGAUGUAAUGUAUGCGAGUGCUAUGGGCCAAGAGGAUGAUCUAAUGGGCAAAAUUUCAAUGAAAACCAUAUUUGGCAGGAGAAAGACAAAGAAAGAUGGGUCACAGGGAAAAACUGUCUCUCUUCCUGCAGUUGAAGAGCUACAAAGAGAAGAAAGGGUUCCAUGGAUAUGUUAUUCGUCUUUAGAUUCCAUGAGUACUUUGAAGCUAUACGAGAGCUUGGAAUCCAAGUUACUACAAAUGCCAUGGAUAAUGGAGGGUGAAUAUGUCGGGAAUAUGCUUCAUUUCUAUAACAACUAUUGGCAGCCUUUUGGCAAACUUCUCGUGCAAAUGGAAACAGAAGGAAUGCUAGUAGACCGUUCUUAUCUUGCAGAGGUGGAGAAGGUGGCUAUUGCUCAACAACAAGUCGCUGCUGAUCGCUUUCGAAAUUGGGUUUCUAAGUACUGUCCUGAUGCUAGGUAUAUGAAUGUAGGGAGUGAUACACAAUUGAGACAACUCCUCUUUGGUGGCAUAUGCAACAGGAAGAAUCAUAAUGAGUUCCUCCCUACAGAGAAAAAGUUCAAAGUCCCAAAUAUUCAUAAUGUGAUUGAAGAAGGAAAGAAGACACCGAAAAAGUUUUGUGACAUUACAUUGCAUAAAAUUGGUGAUACUAUACAAACUGAAUUUUAUACGCCAAGUGGUUGGCCUUCUAUUAGCGGAGUUGCCUUGAAAGCUAUUGCUGGGAAGGUCUCUGCAGAAUAUGAUUUUUCCGGUGAUGCAGCUGAUGCUUCAGAAGAUUUAUUGAUUGAAGAUCCAUUAAACUCAGGAAGAAAAGAUGCUGAUAUUUCUGCUUACGGAACAGCUUAUGCUGCUUUUGGAGGAGGGCAGGAAGGAAUGGAGGCUUGUCAUGCUAUCGCUUCUCUGUGUGAAGUUUGCUCUAUUGAUUCGUUAAUAUCGAACUUCAUUCUUCCUUUGCAGGGAAGUCAUGUGUCUGGGAAGAACGGGCGCAUUCAUUGUUCAUUGAAUAUUAACACAGAAACUGGGCGCUUGUCUGCUAGAAGACCGAAUUUACAGAAUCAACCUGCUUUAGAGAAAGACAGAUAUAAGAUCCGCCAAGCAUUUGUUGCUUCCCCUGGAAACUCGCUAGUUGUUGCUGAUUAUGGACAGCUGGAACUUAGGAUUCUUGCCCACCUUGCUGACUGUAAGAGUAUGAAAGAAGCCUUUGAAGCCGGUGGAGAUUUCCAUUCAAGAACUGCAAUGAAUAUGUAUCCAUACGUCAGGGAAGCUAUCCAACGGAAAGAGGUAAUUCUCGAAUGGCAUCCUCAACCCGGUGAAGAAAAGCCUCCUGUUCCUCUACUCAAGGAUGCUUUUGGUUCUGAAAGAAGGAAAGCAAAAAUGCUCAAUUUUUCUAUUGCAUACGGGAAAACUCCAAUGGGUCUUGCUAAAGACUGGAAGGUUUCUGUUAAAGAAGCAAAGGAAACUGUUGAGUUGUGGUAUAAAGAACGCCAGGAGGUUCUGAGAUGGCAAGAAGCACGGAAGAAAGAAGCUGCAAAACGCGGUUGUGUUCACACCUUGCUAGGGAGAGCUCGCCGCUUCCCUUCAAUGGCUAAUGCUUCUCCCCCUCAAAGGGGUCACAUUGAGCGUGCUGCUAUCAACACGCCAGUGCAGGGAAGCGCGGCUGAUGUUGCCAUGUGUGCCAUGUUGGAAAUAGAUGCAAAUAAUCGCCUAAAAGAGCUCGGUUGGAAGCUUCUUUUGCAGGUUCAUGAUGAAGUGAUACUGGAGGGACCUUCUGAAUCAGCAGAAGAAGCAAAAGCUCUGGUAGUUGAAUGCAUGUCCAAACCUUUUCAUGGUAAAAACAUUCUCACAGUUGAGCUUGCUGUUGAUGCCAAAUGUGCUCAGAACUGGUAUGCUGCCAAAUAAGCACACAUCAAUUUGUUUUUUGGGUCAAUUUUGUUUAUGGUUCCAAAGAACAGUUAAUUCACUCGGGCAGACAGUUAAUUUACUCGGGCAGCUAGUUAAAACUUCAACGAGAUGUGGCAGUUGUUCAAAGUGCUUGAUCUUGGGCCGUUUUUGUGUGUUGGGCCGGGCCUGAGAUUUAACCUAGCAUGGCACUCGGAAAAUCACCGGGUCGAUUUUCCAUUUUGGAUUUUGCUGCCAUGAAAACGAGGUUCGGCAAUUGUAUAGUAUAGUGUGCUGCAGAAGGGAAAGUCGUUUUUAUUUUGUAUAUAUAUAUUAUACUCCGUAGGAAAAUAAGACAGAUUGCUUCUGCAGUUGGUUUGUAAUUUUGUAUGGUAAUGCCUAGUAUGUUAGUAGGACUAGUUCCUUUUCUCUUGUAUACUCCAUCUAACAUACGUUAUUAUGUAACAUUAAACUCGGAUCAUGUGUACUUAAAAAAAGUUCUUAAAUUAGAAGUUGAUCAUUUGACAAAA